GCUAUCAAUGAUAUGCAUUUGAUAUGUUUCAUGUAUCUUGAUUCAUAAUUGUAUAUACGUUGUGUGGAGUUAUGCUCAAAUCCUAUAUCUGAUAUUGAACCAUGACAAUGGCGGAACGCCGCGGAAGUAACUUGAUACUCCCGCUGUUGAAAUCGAUAAAAUAUUCUCAAUACAUAAUUGGAGUCAUUUCUCAAUGUGUCAUGCAGCUAUCAGUACAAAUUCGAUCGUAACUCGGCAACAUACACGAGAAGUAUGUUAUUUUUCAAAGAGAAGAAAAACAAACAAACCAAAAAACAAGUCGAUCUAAGGAAUUUGUAUCAAAUUUACAGAGGAACACGUGUUUAGGUUAAUCGCCGAAAAAUAAAUUGCUGAGUUAUAUAUAUAGCAAUGAUUCAUUCACAGGAACACCAUUGUGAGCAUUCUCAGAGGGACUUAGCCGCGUGUAUCAAAGAGUGAUGUUGGCUUAAUACAUUUGUUGUUGUUUACAUAUUUACUCAGACGGAUUAUUGUGUAGGAGGGAUGCCCAGAUGUUGUGGAACAAGCGAUCGGUUAUCUGCAGACGAAAGCAAGUUCUGCUGUGUGUGAUGGGCAUGGCAAUGUUGUCCACGUACUUGACAGUGAAUCUGAUACGAGUGUUUAAACUCAAGAGAGUUGAUGAGGAAGCGAGAGAGUGGGAUGAAAAGAUGUGUAAAAAUUACAGCAGACUACAAAAGCAACCAAGAGGCCGUAAAAAUGGUGAAAAGAAUUAUUUAAUCACGUGGUACAAUGUGUCUCCAUACAUAAAAUGGCGCCCAGAAGCAUUAGCGCUUGGGUUUAAAUCAUGUAAAUUUAACAAUUGUGAAAUGUCCUUAUGUAAACGAACCUCAGAACACAGUGACGCUGUUAUUUUCAAUGGAAGACGUCUUCCGAAAACCUAUGAAUUUAAACGUCCUGUUGGACAGAUAUGGGUAUUUGCGGAAGAUGAAACCCCGUAUACUUAUCAUUAUGACACCGAUCAGUGGAGAACUGAGUACUGGCGGUCUGUUUUUAACUGGACAAUGACGUAUGAUCAACAAACGACUGAUAUUUAUUUAUCUAGUGGCAAUAUUUGGAAAAAGAAAGCACGGGAUUCUCGUGAUUUCAGAAGUAUUGCUAGGAAAAAGACACGAGGUGCAUUGUUAAUAAGUUCCCAUUGUACUACGGAGUCAAAACGAACAGAAUAUGUGAAAGAACUACAAAAAUAUAUUGAUGUUGACAUUCUAGGUACGUGUGGACGAAAAUGGGAGUGUGGUGAAAAAUGGGUUCAUGACAAUUGUUUUGAAAUCUUAAACACUACGUAUAAAUUUUAUUUGGCUUUUGAGAAUGCACUCUGUCGUGGAUACCGUACUGAAAAAUUCUUCGAAAAUUUCAAUUACGAUAUUAUAUUAGUGGAGAGAGCUGGCAUCUCAAAGGAUGAUUUAAUUGAGCCAAGAGAUGUGUACAUUUCUACAUCUGAUUUUCCAAGUAUUGUAAGUUUGGGUAAAUAUCUUAAAAGACUUUCAAAUGAUAUAGAUGAAUAUACCAGUUUAUUAGAAAAGAAAAGUCAGUAUUAUUUCCCUGGUUUUCAUGAAGUUUAUCAAACAGCUUUAUGUAAUUUAUGUGAAAAGAUGAACGCGCAAGGAACAUAUCAUAGAGAAAUCGACGACUUACUUCAUGUACAUGGACAGCUUUUAGCCUCCUGUAGACAUCCUAUGGAUAUGCCUAUGGAAGAGGAAGGAUUUUUCGAUUGGUUGUUUAAUAAAUGGUAGUGACCAAAGGUCCAGGAUGAGCUGUUAUUACACUAGGUGACUGAUACAGCGUUCAUGAUUUUACUGGUAACAUACUGUAAUCGUAUUGCAUCUUAAAAUGUUUACCUCAAUAAAACCGCCGUUGAACCGGAGGUAAUAAUCUUGUCACGAGGUCAAGUCAUAGAAAAGCCUUAUAAAUACAUUGUUAGCACAUCUGCUACAUAGUGACAGGGUGAGUUUUUGUGAUCACAUUAUGUCCGUCAUCCGUCCGAUGUUCGUCGGUCCGUCCGUCGUCCGUUCACAUUUUCUUCUGACACGAUAGAAACCACAUUUUGCAAUCAAUUUUAAUCAAACUUGCACACAAAUUGUAUUGGUAUAAUAUAUGGGUUCCUUUCGAAAACUGGCCAGAUCCCACCAUGGGUUGCAGAGUUAUGGCCCCUUAAAGGACCACAAUUUGCUAUUUUUGGCUUGAGAACACGAUAAAGACCACAGUUUGUAAUCAACCUGAAUCAAACUUGCACACAACUUGUAUUGGCAUAAUAUCUCAGUUCCUUUUGACAACUGGCCUGAUCUCAUCAUGGGGUCCAGAGUUAUGGCUCCUUAAAGGGCCAACAUUCGCUAUUUUUGGCUUGUGAACACGGUAGAGACCAUAUUUUGCAAUCAGGUUUAAUUAAACUUGCACACAACUUGUAUUGGCAUAAUAUCUCAGUUCCUUUCGAAAACUGGCCAGAUCCCAUCAUGGAUUCCAGAGUUAUGGUUCCUUAAAAGGGCCAAAAUGUGCCUUUUUGGCUUUUGCAGCCGUAUAGAGACUUUAUUUAUGGUUUGAUUUGAUACAAACUUGCAAUAUAUCUUCGACAAUAAUAAAUCUUGGAUUUCAUGAUGAAUAUGUCAGAUCCAAUCAUAGGUUCCAGAGUUACGGCCCCUGAUUGACCUCUGAAAGAGCCAAACUUUGUACCUUGUGAACACGAUAGAAGUCACAUUUUAUUAGCUCACCUGUCACAUAGUGACAAUGUGAGCUUUUGUGAUCACCCUUCGUCCGUCGUCCGUCGUGUGUCCGUCCGUCCGUCCGUCAACAAUUUCUUGUCUGCACGAUAGUGUUUUCAUUUAUGAUUUUAUUUUAACCAAACUUGCACACAACUUGUAUCACCAUAAGAUCUCGGUUCCUUUCUUCAACUGGCCAGAUCCCAUUAUGGGUUCCAGAGUUAUGGCCCCUGAGUUCCAGAGUUAUCUCUGAACUAAUGAAAAUACUAAUCUGAAAUUUCAUUUAUGUCAACAGGUUUAUUUGGCAGAUCCUUCUUUUGUUCACUUACAAUAAUUUUCUUUUUAAUUACUUCCCUUUUACGUUAAUAUAAAUAGCUUAGUUUUAGUAACUUUUUUAUUAUUGGCCAUAGGGAAAAAACCGAGACCACUUUUCUAUGGUACAACAUGGAUGGUACCUCCAAUUUUAGGUGUAUUUUGACAUAUCUGUACCUUGUAAGAAUUUUUUUUUCUUUUUGGUUAAAUUCUUUCCUUUGUUGUUCCUGUCCUUUGGACUUAGAUAUUUUUUCUGAGGACCUUCUUGUCCUCAAGUGCAAUGAUAACAGGUGAGCGAUAUAGGGCCAUCAUGGCCCUUUUGUAUUUGAUUUUAACCACACUUACACACUAUUAUAAGUCACAAUAAGGUCUUGGUUCCUUUCGAAAACCGACUAGGUUCCUUCGUGGGUUCUAGAGUUAUUGUCCCUGAAAGGGCCAAAAUUUCUAUUUUGGCCCUUUCAGCCAUAUAGAGGUUUCAUUUAAGCUUUGUUUUGAUACAAACUUGCACAGAAUGAUUAUCUGCAUGAUCUCUAGGCCAGGGUCGAAACUAGGUCAUGUCGAGUCAAAACCUAGGUCACCAGGUCAAAUCAAAGGAAAAGCUUGUUAACAACCUAGAAUUCACAUUUAUGACCCUAUCUUCAUGAAACUUGGUCAGAAUGUUUAUCUUGAUGAUUUCUAGGCCAAGUUUGAAACUGGGUCAUAUUGGGUCAAAAACUAGGACACCUGGUCAAAUCAAAGGAAAUGCUUGUUAACACUCAUGAGGCCACAUUUAUGAACCUAUCUUCAUGAAACUUGGUCAGAAUGUUUAUCUUGAUGAUUCUUAGGCUAAGUUCGAAACAGGGUCAUAUGGGGUCAAAAACUAGGUCACCCGUCAAAUCAAAAGAAAAUCUUGUUAACAUUUGUUCAUUUGAUGUGCAUGAAACUUGUUCAGAAUGAUUGUGUGCAUGAAAUAUCGGAUGAUUUUUUAUCUGGGUCAUGUAGGGUCAAAAACUAGGUCGCCAGGUCAAAUAAAAAAAAGCUUGUUCAUACUCAAGAGGCCACGUUUUUUGGUCCAACCUUAAUGAAAAUUAGUCAGAAUAUUUGUCUCCAUGAAAUCACUAGGUAAAACAUGUUUACACUGUCAUUUUGUGUUACUCAGGUGAGCGACUUAGGGCCCUCUUGGCCCUCUUGUUUAUUUGUUGUUAUAAAAACGUGUUAAGACCUUUUUCUUACAACUUAUUAACUUUUCUUUUUCAUAAAGGUUCGUACUAAACACGGGUUACCAUUCAUGAUAGUGUCAUUAUAUUAUAUUAUAUUCAAGGGCAUUCCGUCAAAGGAUAGUUAACCCAUUUAUGAAAAUACAAUGUACACUUAUCUCUAAAGGAACAGCCAUAUCACCUCUGGAAAGACAAUCACACCAUCUCUAUAAUGACAAUAACAGGCAAAUCAUCCCUAAAAUACCGUAAAACCAUCUGUAAAAAUGCUUUCAUACCAUCUGUAAAAGUACUGUCAACCAGUCUCUAAGAAGGCUGCCAAACCAAACCAUCUCUAAGAAGACUGUCAAACCAUCUGUAAAAAGGCUGUUAAACCAUCUCUAGAAGGCUGUCUAAACAUUUCUAAAAAGGCUGUCGAACCAUUUCUAAGCGGACUGUCAAAAUACCUCUAAAACCAUCUACCUGAAGAUUCUCAAUCCACUUGCCAGAAGACAGGUCCUUACAAAAAAACCGGUGUUAACUACCUGUUUGGAGACAUUAAGCAUGCACACAAAGACGACGCUGUACCGUUUAAUAAUAGCUUUAGAUGAAUCUUACCAUAGGCACAGAGACAGUUUAACAUAAACAUGAUAAAGACUGUCUAAUGUGCCCAAAACUUUUAAUGCAUCCAAAGAUGCCGAACGCAUCAAAGCUAGCACGUCUGUUGCAUCUAAAUAUGUCUAUAGACGUUUUAUGCACCUAAAGCCAACCAUCUUUUACAGACAAUCUAUAAUUGUGUCAGUUUAAAAUCAGCGUUCAUGUGUUUGCCAUCAUAAAAAAAAAGAAUUCAUCUACAUGUAUGUCUAACCAUCUGUGCGUAUACUAUACAAAGUCACAUGAUUUUUCCAUUUUAGUAAUAGAAUAUAGUUAGUAUUUGAAUUUCUUCUUCUGGAUAUUCCAGACAACAAGUUGAAUAAAUCUAACUAAAUUUU